GAGCACGCUGCUGGAAGCUAGCUGGCUAUCAAUCACCCUUCCUGCUUGGGCUCCAGUACAGACAGCAAGCGAGAGAGAGAGACACAGACAGAGGAAAUAAGAUGGCGCGGGAUCAGCAUCCUCUCUGCUGGCAAAGGUGCUCUGCCCUCCUGCUGUCUUACUCCAGAGCGGCCAUGAGCCAGUUAAUAGAGGCCACCACUGAACCCCCCAAAAAGAAACCGGACCCUGUCACUUCUGAGACCGUGGUUUUCUGGGGGCUACGCCUCUGGCAGGUGAUUGGAAUCUUUGCCAUCUUUGUCCUGGGAGUCAUUAUAACCCUGUGCUGUAUCUUCAAGUGCCGGAUUCCGCGGACAAAGAAAGAGAUCGAGGCCCGGUAUGCUCAGCGGCAGGCAGCCAAGACCUAUGCAGACAAACUGGAGACCGUACCACCACUCAACGAGCUGACGGAGAUCCCUGGAGCUCACGUGGCAGAAGAGAAGAAAGAGGAGGUGCCCACCGUCUCAGGGAAAGUGGACAGGGCCCAAGGCAAGAAAGAAGGUUCCAAGGGAUCCAAGAAGAAAGAGGGCAAAAGGGAGCAGAGAGAAGGGUCCAAGAAAGAAGGGAAAGAUGAGAGCAGAAAGAAGGAAGGAGGCAAGGGUGCAGGUGAAAAGAAGCAAGGAGGUAGAAGGAAAGGUGAGAAGGAGACGGACAGAGCAAAGGCAGGAGGCAGCACCAAGGCUGGCAGCAAAGCUGCGGGCAACGCCAAGUCCUCAGCAAGGAAACCCCAGCAAAAGAAAUGA